UGUGUGUGUGUGCGCGCGCGAGGGAAAAAAGUUGAGAGAACAAACAGAUAUUUAUUUGAUGAGCCCUACUGACAUAUUUACUGAAAUCUAAAUUCUUUGCUUCUCAAGCAAGUUAAAACAAUUGCUCUCACGAUAAGAUAUAUUCAAGGAAACAUUUCUUUUCUCGCUCGUCCGAGAGAGGCUCUCUCGGUGUAAAAAUUGGCACAAGUAAAUAUGUUAGCAUCCACCGAAUGUAUAAAUAUUUAACAUUUCUUAGAUACACUCUCCCCUUCCCCCAAAGCGCGCAGCGCCAAAUGUAGUUAUCUUAUCAUAGAUUCUUCAUGGCUCUAUGAUUGAAUCAAACAGCAACCUUCUCGCGCAAGCCUAGUUUGGCUUAUUUACGAUUUGAUCAAUCACCUUUGUUUAUAUAUGUCUCCUGUAUUUUGAACUUUACGCCGUCUGAGGAGACGCAAUCUCGAUUCGUUCUCUUCGGCGUUCACCAAGUGCAUACAAAGUGUGGAAAAUCACGGAUCCUCGUGGCGGCGAUACGCAUGACGGCAUGACGUAAUGCGCUUAAGAACGCUUCUAAAAUCCUCGCGUUAAAAAAAGAAAAAGAGAGAGAGAGAAAGAGAGAGAGAGAGAGAACAGCAGACGGCGAUUUGCGCGCAGAACGAGGACACUGCGCAAUACAGUCGCUGCUUUUUUCACGCUAAAAUGACAUCGCGCACCAAGAGACUCCCCCGAGGCAUAUUCUCCCCUUUAUACAAAAAAAAAAAAAAAACAAAAAAAGAAAAAAGAAAAUCAACGCUAUCGGAAAAGAGACUUCUGAGGAGGACUUGAACCUUCCGCGUGAUUUUACGCUUCGCAAUCAAACGCGGCGUAAUUUUCGCAGUCGCUCGUUGCCUUGCUGCCGCGGAAUCGGGAGGCGAUUUUUCGCCAGUCGAUUCGUCGCGGCACAAUCGAGACUCUCUCUUUCUCUCUCUUUCUCUCAGUCUCUCUCGGACCGGCGACGCGAACAGCGAAGCCGAGUCGGCCGGUGGUCGGCGACGUAGUCGGCAGGUGCGCGCAAAGCCAGGGCACUGUCGAGGUCUUCCCCACCUCGCGUCCCGCGUUCCCUCAAUGAAACGCGUAUCUGACGAAAUCGUGAGCUCGGAAUUAGUAAAGUGUUGCGUUCGUCGCCGCCGCCGCCGCCGUCGCCGCAGCCGCCUGUCGUCGUCGUCGUCAUCGCCAUCGCCGGGUGUGUCGAAACACACGCUAUAUAACCCCCGGACGCGUGCACGCGCCGUCGGCUGCCGUACAGAUACCAGAUAUCCUUCGCGCGGCGGCAAAUCCUGUUGUCCAGGAUUUGUCGAUGAGAAAUCCCAGCGAGAAACCAAAGGACCGGCUGCCGAGGACCGCUGCGGAUUCGAUAUUUACGUAAGGGGAUCAUCGCCAGUCGCGGCGUCUCGCUCUUUCUACCUGAAGAGCGCUCGUCCUUCGGCGAUCCUUGCUGCCCGAGUCGCGCGGUGACUUUACACGUAUUCGAGGUCGCGGCGGCGUCUCUUCGGAGACCUGUAACACCGGAAAAACACACUUCCGUGCUUGAGCGGUUUUUGUGCGGGCUGCCCUUUGUCGUUUCAACGUCUCCCACGGAGGUCUUCACGUCAAGAUUUUCCGGCGAACGCCGAGAGAUGUCCGACGACGCGGUCGGCGGCGAGAGGAGCGAGCCGAAGACGGAUCCGGGCGCUAGCAGGCACGGCAACUUCAUGAAUUAUUACCAAUUCCAUCCUGCGGAAGAGCGCGUGCGGCAACUUCCGCAUGGCGUGUGGCGGCUCGCUCAUCCGGCCCGGAAAUACGCGGGUCUAGACGUCGGCUGCAACGCCGGGGACCUCACGUACGUUCUGUACGAUUUCCUCGAGAAGGCCAUGUCCCAAGAUCAGCCCGAGGUCUCCUUACUCGGCGUGGACCUGGACCCGAUGCUGAUCGAGAGAGCGCGCGAGCGAAAUUCGCGGCCGGAUCGCGUGGCCUUCGAGUGCUUGGACUUUUUGUCAGAGGAUUGCGGCGAAACGCUGACGAGGUAUCUGGACCGUUUCGGUAAGAAGCGAUUCGACGUGGUGUUCUGCUUCUCGAUCACCAUGUGGAUCCACCUGAACCACGGCGACGACGGCCUGGAGGAGUUCCUGCGGAGAGCCUGCGCGCUCGCGGAGGUGAUCGUCAUCGAGCCGCAGCCAUGGAAGUGUUACAGGAAAGCGUCGAGAAGGUUGAGGAGAGCCAACUCAGAGGACUUCCCGUUGCUGAAGGGACUCAAGUACACCGGCGAUCCCGCGAGGCACAUAGACGAUAUUGUGACGAGACUCUGCGGCUUUUGCAAAAUCGCCGUCACCGAGAGCAACGAUUGGGGACGCGAGCUUCUGAUCUAUGAGAGGAAACAGCAAAAUUGUCCGACGGAUCGAUAGAUCGGAUUAUCCGCCACGACAGAUGUUGGCCGAAUAGCUCCGAAUAUGUAAUGUGUUGCGGACGUGGCAAAAUGCAAUAAUAGCCAACGGUUUUAUUGAAAGUGGAAAUUAAAUAUUGGAAAAUUACAAGACAAAACUGUGACAAUUUUUAUAAGACAAAAUCGUUACCGUUCGUAACAUCUAAAUUUGCAUUUAGAUCGUAUUGUUCGCUCAACAGUGGGGGCAUUUAUGCAUAAACGGAGUAAAGUUUGGAAAGGUCGAGCUUUUAUGUAAAUAUAUUGGCAGCAGAUUUGUUAAAUGCGCAUCAUAAUUAUGUACAGCUGUUAG